UAUCUCAUCACAUCACUCAAAUAAAAAAAUAUAAAUAAUUAUUUCUCUCUUCAAUAACAUAACUUAAUAUCCAAAUUAUCUUAAAUUACCAUAUUUAAUAUUAUUUGCUUAAAUUUUCGUGCCAAACAUAAAUGUUACGCGGUGUUUGGGACGGGGAGGGAGUACUAUUUUAUUUACUUGAUAAUGAACGACGUCGUCUGAAGAAAAAGAACCAAAAGCAUUAUAUAUUGACCCAUCACCCGCCCACUCCGCUGCUUCCGCGCACUCAAUUGCAACGACGCCCAGCCUCCUCUUUGAAAAGCGCGGGAAAACGCAUCAACAGCGUCGCCGGCGGAACGGAAGGAGGAGCGAUCCCGGAAAAGUGAAUGGACCGUCACGAUUUAGAUUUGGAGAAGGCGAGAUUGAUUAGUUUAGCUCUAGAAUUCGGAUUCGACGAGGACUCCGCAACCAACUGCUUAGACCGCCUUGUUAACCUAUAUGGUGAUGAUGGACGAGAUUUCAUUACUGUGGAGCACUGUGGUGAUGACUUUUUGGCUUCACUUGCUGAAUCAAUGCACGACACUGAGGAUUGGGAUGAUGUGCAAGCAUUGGAGUCUGAAGCUUGUGGUGCUUUGAGUGAGAUUUUGGACAAAGAUGUUCUUCAGCAUUAUGAUUCAAAUCUUACUGGGAAAAACCAGAUUCAUGUCAUUGAAGAUUCUCCCGAAUCCCAAAAGCAGAAAAAUGUUAUGCAGCUGGAUUCAUCAACUGAUGAAGAAAAGAAACACCAGACUAUUCCUAGAAAAAAACGUUUGAAAACUUCCUCUAACAGUGUUGUAGGUGGAAACAGCAACCACCCUUCUCCAAGUUCGAUUAAACACACGUCAUUUUCUGACCACAGGAGUGAUCUAACACAAAGUUCAGGUUCAACAUUUUCCCAUGAAAUACAUCAUGGAAGGUUGCAUGAUCGUGCAGAUGGAACUUUGACAUAUGAAGAGCUACAGAAAUUGGAUGAUCUUGAAUUGGCCAAUGUUGUUGUAUUUGGUAAUAGAACCUUUCGACCACUCCAGCAUCGAGCUUGUAAAAUGUUUCUUGAUCAGCAUGAUAGUUUUGUUCUUAUGCCUACUGGAGGUGGGAAAAGCCUUUGUUACCAGCUUCCAGCCAUUCUCCGGCCAGGUGUUACAAUUGUUAUAUCCCCACUUCUAUCCCUCAUUCAAGAUCAGAUUGUUACCCUGAAUAUCAAGUUUGGGAUACCUGCAACAUUUUUAAAUUCUCAACAGAAGCCUGCACAGACUGCAGCCAUACUUCAAGAGCUGAGGAAGGAUAAACCAUCAUGUAAACUUCUGUAUGUAACUCCUGAAAGGGUUGCUGGGAAUUUACCAUUUCAACAUAUCCUAAAUUGUCUGCACGGGAAGGGACAAUUAGCAGGUUUUGUGGUAGAUGAAGCUCACUGUCUUAGCCAGUGGGGGCAUGAUUUUCGUCCAGAUUAUAGAGCAUUAGGAUGUCUUAAGAUGAAUUUUCCUCAUGUUCCUCUGAUGGCGUUAACUGCCACUGCAACGCCAAUAGUUCGUCAGGAUAUCUUAAACUCAUUAAAAAUUCCUGGUGCUACUGUGCUUGAGAGAAGUUUUGAUAGGCCCAAUUUGAAGUAUGAGGUGAUUGGCAAAUCUAAAGAGCCACUCAAACAACUUGGAAAACUACUUGUGGAUCGAUUCAAAAAUAUAUGUGGAAUUAUAUACUGUCUCUCCAAAAAUGAAUGUGUGGAGGUUUCAAAAUUCAUGAAUGAGACAUUCAAGAUCAAAACUGCAUAUUAUCAUGCCGGUUUGGCUGCUCGCCAGAGAGUUGCAGUUCAGAAGAAAUGGCACAGUGGAGAAGCACAUGUUGUUUGUGCUACCAUAGCUUUUGGAAUGGGGAUCGACAAACCUGAUGUUCGUUUUGUUGUCCACAACACAAUGUCCAAAUCAAUCGAGAGUUACUAUCAGGAAUCUGGAAGGGCAGGGCGAGAUAAUCUCCCAGCCACAUGCAUUGUUCUGUACCAGCGGAAGGAUUUCAGUCGGGUCGUAUGCAUGCUUAGAAAUGGACACGGAGCUAAACGUGAAAGCUUCAAGAUGACCAUGGAUCAAGCCCGAAAAAUGCAAAAGUACUGUGAACUUAAGGAUGAAUGCCGAAGGCAAGCUUUACUCGAACACUUCGGAGAAUCCCAUGAUCGGAGCACAUGCAAAAACGGUUCAAAUCCUUGCGACAACUGCCUCAAGCUGUCGACAUGAUCAAGAAUAUCACAAAGCACAUCAUUUAAACAGUUGCAUUUGGUGUCAUAUGAUAUCAGAAUCUUAAAGGGGGCCCUUGUGAUAGAUCUAUCAACAGGGAUUUCAAGAAUUAUGUUGACCAAAAAGCACAUGGGAACAGCCUGCCAUUUGGUAUGAUCACAUUCACAUACAUAACUACUCUUUCAUUUCAUUAUUUAAUUCUUUUCCAUUAUCCCCAAAUUGCUUGAUUAGAGUAGAAAACCAUCCCCAUCAUAUGCUCCCACCUUUUUCUACCUCCUAAAUUGUAGGACUUAAAUUGCACUACCUAGGAAUUAAUUUAUUCACUUAAUCAUGCAAUCAGAUACUGUGCUUUUCUUUAGUGGAAAAAACAAUACAAUGAACAAUAACCUCCCCUCAUUGACAUUUUCCCUUGUGCAACUUUAGAGAAUUCAAUCUUACUCAACUGAUAAUUUUACCUAAAAAGGGAAAUCACAUGGAGCAGUUUAUAUAUGUAAGUAUGUAAUAUGGUAGUGGGCAAAAAAUGACUUGGUUGAUUCUGCAAGCCUUCAAAAGUGGUUGCCCCCACAACCAAAAAUUGUUGGUGUUUUGUAGUUUAAAUUGUUGCUAUAAUGUUGCUUCAAAAAGGGGCCAAGUCCCCACAUUUGAUGCCAACAGGGAACCACAGUUAAAGUUAGGGCUUUGCACACACCAUGUCUGCCCACAUUGCCAUUUCUUUUCCCCCUAACAUGUAUGGAUAAAUCCUAAUAAUUCAAGAACUGUAUGGGAGGCUAUAAUGUGGAAGGAAAUACAUGAUAUAUGAUUAUAUUAUUAGGAGCUUCAAGAACUCCUUUUUCUUUUUUAUUGGUAGAACUGUAUGGGAGGCUAAUGUGGAAGAAAAUACAUGAUAUAUGAUUAUAUUAGUAGGAGCUUCAAGAACUCCUUUUUCUUUUUUAU